CCUCCGCGCGCCCCCACCUGUGCUUUGAGAUUCGCGCUUCGUCGCCUCCUAGCUACCUCGUGUCUCCCGCUGACUCGCCGGCGAACGCUCGCCUCUUGGAGAUGCCGCCCGCCGCGGCGACGCUCCUCCGGCGGGCCCCAGCGGUCCCAUUCACGGCACGCCGUACCGCUGUUUCCCGCUCGGGCAUGGCGCGGCGUCUGGUGACAGCGAGCGCUGGGGCCGGCGGGCGGGCGCCGGCGUACGGUGGGCUGCUGCUCGACGCCGGCGGCACGCUGCUGCAGGUCGCGCAGCCGGUCGCCGAGACGUACGCCUCCAUCGGCCGACGCUACGGUGUGAUGAAGCCUGAGAAAAGAAUCAUGGAGGGGUUCAAGCGGGCAUUCUCGGCGCCAUGGCCCAAGACACUCAGGUACCAGGGAGAUGGGCGGCCAUUCUGGAGAAUUGUCGUGGCAGAAGCUACCGAUUGCACCGAUGACGAUUACUUUGAGGAAGUGUAUCAGUAUUAUGCACAUGGAGAUGCUUGGCGUUUGCCUGUUGGAGCAGACACAGCACUGCGUGAGCUGAAGGAUGCUGGAGUUAAGCUAGCUGUUGUAUCUAACUUUGAUACAAGGUUACGGAAAUUACUUAAGGACCUUAAUGUCUCUGAUAUGUUUGAUGCCAUUGUGGUAUCAUCAGAGGUCGGAUAUGAGAAACCUGCUCCAGAGAUAUUCAAGAUAGCAUUAGAUAACAUUGGUGUGGAAGCCAGCAAGGCAGUGCAUGUAGGAGAUGAUGAAGCUGCAGACAAGGCGGGUGCCAAUGCUAUAGGACUUGAAUGCUGGCUGUGGGGUGAUGAUGUGAAGACAUUUUCAGAAAUACAGGACAGGAUUCUGACAACAGAUGAUCCUCAAUGAGUGUGGAUUUAGCAUGGUGCAAGACCGCCACGACAGUUGUUUCUUUAUUCCUUCCUUUUUUUUUCUCUUAAUGCCUUCUUUUCCUUUCACCUCUUGUGCUGGCAUGUCCAUUUUGCUUUCAUGAAAUAAGCUCAUUCCAUGACUACUGCUGUCCCGUCACAUUCUUUUGCAUUCUGUGAUGAACACUUUUAUUCGUCACAGGCAGCAGAUUGCAGAUGAGUCAUGAGUGAUUCUGCUUGCUAUGUGAAUGUGAUUUGCAUGUAAACAUUAUCCUAAGUACAAGUGUAUAACUGACAGAACACACAUGUGAAAAUGUUGCAUACUGCUGCUGCUCCCCUACAUGGAUUGCUGCAGCGAUGGAAUGUACACGUAGCCUCAGGCUGCAGCUACGA